AAUCCAACCUGAUACCUUUUUGAGUUGCAGAAUAGAGCCUUAUCCAUUCCAACCUUAUAUGUGAGGCUGAAGCAUGCACGUAGCAAAAGCCUAUCCAAACCAUAUAUCACUGACAUCUCUACAGUCACUCUUCUCCAUUACACACCAUGGCAGCUGCAAGGCUGCUCCACCUCCAUUCUCCAUGCUGCCACCACAGGUCACAACAAUCCAUUUUUUCAGUAAGCCGGAGCUCCACUGGUUCUCUCUCUCUCUGUAAGACUGGACCACUGAGACAGCCCUGGCGAGCUUCCUUUCACACUUCCUCUCCGAGGGCCUCACCAGAAAAGGAUGGCAGUGUCCAAGUUGCUGAUGAUGAUGAUGAUGGAGUUUCUCUAGGGACCAUGAAGCUGCCUCCGAACACCGAUAUUGCCCGGUUUGAGACCCUACUCUUUCAGUGGGCUAAUAGUCUGUGCCAAGGAGCCAAUCUACCACUUCCAGUCCCUCUCAAGGUGGACAAAGUAGAAGGAGGAGCCAGAUUGGGAUUCAUAAAUAUUGAUGAUGGGAAGACCGAAGUUUGCGUGUACAUAGACUGCCUGGUUUUUCCGGCGACAGAUGACUCUGGUCCACUGUUUCGAGCCAUCAGGAAUGGGCCAUUGAAAGAUCGAGCACCUCCAGGCGAGGAAAGAAUCAUGAGAAGCCUUCUUCAAGCCCUCCAAAAAUCAGUUCAGAUUGCAAGUAUUUGAGAAUAUGAUGGUCUUGCCUUAGAAUAUUGUUCUCCCUCUACAGUGCUGAAGAUUAUAUACAUAUAUGAUCGUCUCGCUUGUUUUUUGAUGGGUAAUUUGUUCAAGUUACAUCCUUAUACCUGAUUAAUUAACAAGGAUCUUCCGGAUUACUGCA